UUGACCAAACAUAAGCAAACAGGAGUUCCUGACAAAGGUUCUACGUAACCUUCUUACAACCAGCUGUUACUUCAUAGUUACACAGAACAGUUAAUACACCCUUAUCAGCCGGAAGUGCGUGGGAUAGUCCAGCGCGUAAAUACUUUGAGCUCACUCUAAAGUUAAUAUAGGCAGGCUUGACCCGCUCCUUCUGUUAUAACCAAGUCUUGGCUUUCUCCGAAGGAAUGGCUUCAAUUCUCAGCUGCCAUGGCACUGUUAUACUUUUUCUUACAUACCUUGGAAUUUGCUACACAAAAUGUGCCACAGCAAACGGAGGGCGCCCUCGACUCCAUAUCUUCCACCACUCGUGUGCCCUGAAGAAAGACGAGGGGCCCUGCAAGGCAGUGAAGGAGAGAUUCUACUUCAACACUGACACGGGUUACUGUGAGAACUUUGAGUACGGGGGCUGUCAAGGCAACGCAAACAAUUUUGAGACCUUGGAGGCGUGUGAAGAAAUGUGCGUGGUGAGAGCCAAUAAGAGUCCAUGUCACCUGGAGGAUGAGCCAGGUCCGUGCCGAGGGCUCGUACCUCGUUUCUUCUUCGACAACAGGACUCAAGAAUGUCGCCGCUUCUUCUACGGUGGCUGCUUUGGAAAUGCCAACAACUUCAAGACCAUUCAGGCCUGCAGAGACAGAUGCCAACCAGGUAAUAACACUCAUGUGCAUGCCGCAAAGCCCAAGGAGACUGUCAACGCAACCAGAGAAGCUCUCAUUAAAGAGGUGUUCACUGGGCCAGUCUUGUGUCUGAGUGCGAUUGAUGAGGGUCACUGUGACGGAGAGGAGAGGAGAUUUGCUUAUAACCACAGUAUUAAACGCUGUCAGGUGUUUUAUUACAGCGGCUGUGGAGGCAACAAGAACAAUUUUGUGCUGAAGAAGGACUGCAUAAGAAUGUGCAUGAAAGGUAACAUGAAAGAUCACGGCAAGAAAAAUCACAUACGAAUAAAGACAAGGAAAUCCCACAUCCUCCGCUCUAUCUAAGACAUGGCAGCCUGAAGGACUCCUUAUAACCAUCUUAUUGUCAUGCUGAAGUUUUUUAGUCAGUUAUAAAUAUCAUCGUACAAUAUUGCUUUUUUGAAAGUAUUAUAAUAGUGUUUUAUCAGUUAUACUAAUCUAUUAUUAUUAUUUGUUUUAUAUAUUCUGAUUUUUGUUUGACUAAUGUUUGUUUUAGUUAUUCUGUCUUUUUUUUUUUUUUAUUUUUUUUUUUUUUUUUUUUUUUUUAUAAACGUGAGGUCCCUUCUCAGCCCUGACACAUGCUUCUCUUUUCGUCUUCCAUGCUGUAUCUCAUCUGAUUUAUUUAUCAAACCCCUCAUUAACCAAAUUCAGUACAUCGGAGCAGGGAAACCAUGUAAAUACCCCCAAGGGGCAUUAUAUGUGAAGCCCCCAGGACUGGCACUGAAAAACAUUGCUUCAUACCUAUUAAUACUCCAUACCCAUUACUGUAUAUAUGCAUUACUGUUAAAGGUUGUGUCCUGCAAGGAUUUAAGAGACAUCUGUGAAUGUAUGAUCAAUGGUAAUAGCAAGAAUAAUAAAGAGAAAAUAGUGGUUACAAAAAUGAA